CACGGAGUGACUGUGUUGAUUCCGACACUCUUCAUCUCUUGCCUUCACGAUAACCUCCGUAUCAAGUUGGCAUCGCAAACAUGGCCGAUCAUCAGCCAUCUGCAACCACAGCAACCACACCAGCCGGCAAGACCGCCGUCAGGGGCACCAAAAAGCUCAAAUUCCUCGUCAUCGGCGCCGGAUCCCGUGGGCACAGAUACUCCGAAGCCGUCACAGAGUCUACCUCCGCUGUAAUCCACGCUGUCGCCGAGCCUCGCCCCUACAACCGCCAGGAAUUCGGCGAGUCGUUUAUCUGGGGCGCGGGCGGUCGGCCAACCGAGGGCCAGGAGUUCUCUGACUGGAAGGACUGGCUGAAAUGGGAACAGGAGCGACGACAGAAGAUUGCACAAGGAGUUGCAAAUGUGCCGGAUGGUGUUGACGGUGUUUUUGUGUGCGUGUUGGAUGAGAUGCACGUUGAGGUGAUGUGUGCGAUUGCGCCGUUGAACCUGCACGUGCUUUGCGAGAAACCCCUCGCGACAUCCAUGAAGGACUGUCUUGCCAUCUAUCGCGCCUUUGUGCCGCAUGGCCAGGAGCAUGUGGCUCCGUCAAAAGUCUUCUCAAUCGGCCAUGUGAUGCGCUAUAGCCCGCACAAUAUGCGGCUGCGUCGCCUUCUGCUCACAGAUCGUGUCAUUGGCGAUAUUGUGUCUAUCGAGCAUACAGAGCCCGUCGGGUACUGGCACUUUUCCCACAGCUAUGUACGAGGGAACUGGCGACGGGAGACUGCCGAGGGUGUCGGGUCAUUGCUGACCAAGUGCAGCCACGACGUUGACUUUCUCAUCUGGCUGCUUUCAUCACCGCCACCAGGCGCACCUCGAGAUACACCCGCGCAUGCUCCACGCACAAUCUCGUCGUUUGGGUCUCUGACUCAGUUCAGGGGUAAGCGGAAACCAAAGGAAGCCGGCUCCGCGACGAACUGUGUGACAUGCCCCAUCGAGCGCAAAUGCAACUACAGCGCUGUCCGCAUCUACAGAGACAGACAGCUCGCCAAAGGCGACACCGAAUGGCCCGUCGACAUAGUCUGCCCCGACAUCGAAGACACAUUCAAGACAUCCGGUAUGGCGGCGGCCGAAAAGCAGCUGAUGGAAAAACUUUCCGAGGAUUACGACAAGAAAUCAACCCCGGACGAAAAGAUCGCGUCGCGGCCGUGGUUCGGCCGUUGCGUGUGGGAGUCUGACAAUAAUGUCUGCGAUGACCAGUUCGUCACGAUCACGUGGGAUGAUGACGAGAACGAAGCGACGAAGGAUUUCCCCUCUCGAAUCGCCAAGACAGCCUCGCUGCAUAUGAUUUCGCCGACGGAGAGACAGUGCGAGCGACGUGGGUGGGUGUAUGGUACAGAGGGGGAGAUUGAGUAUGAUAGUCGCACGAUCAAGAUCUUCUCGUUCGCGACGCAGGAGUUUACAACAAUCGAGAUCCCCAAGGCGGCGAAUCCUAGGGAGGAGAUUGGACAUGGAGGAGGAGACUGGGGUUUGGCGCGUAUGUAUGUUGGCGCGAUUGAUGCAGUUGAGAAUGAAGGGUGGGAUGUUCGCGAUGCACAAAAUCACUUUAUUGGGUGUACCCUGGAAGAGGCUGUUAGAAGCCAUGCGCUUGUGUUUGCAGCGGAAGAGGCACGGAGGGAGGAGAAGGUGAUCAAGUGGCAGCAGUGGUGGGAUGAGAAGAUGAAGUCUCAUAUUGCAGUUUAAUUUCCAAAGGGAUGAGUGAUACAGUUAGUUACAUGUAUUAAAUGCGAUUCCCAUGGCUGUUUUUGAAUUUCAUAAACAUAUAUAGACUUCAUUGCAUACUAUUUGAUUCGUUCCAUGUCCAU